CCUCCACCAUCACAAACCAGAGGCACAGACCCGCACCAGGCGCAUUCGCAUACCACCGCAGACAAACCCCAAGAAAUCACUAACCGCGCCUCCCGCCGCCAAAAUGCUGGCCGCCGCCGCCUCCGUGAAGUUCUCCCCGGCGUCCGCCGGUGCCAGUACCACCACCAUGUUGGCCUUCAAGCCUGUCCACCUCCCUGCCCUCCCCAACGCCGUCCCGCGUCCCCUCUCCCUCUCGGCGCGGCCUCUGUACCGCCAGGAGCCGUUCCUGGCGGCGGCCCGCAACGACCGUGCCGCGUCAACGGCGCCCCCUGCAGCCACCGCGGAUGGCGCACGGCCGGUGGAGACGGCGGCCGCGCCGGAGGCCGCGAAGAGCGCCAAGAUCGGGGUCUACUUCGCCACGUGGUGGGCGCUGAACGUGAUCUUCAACAUAUACAAUAAGAAGGUGCUGAAUGCGUUCCCGUACCCGUGGCUCACGUCGACCUUGUCCCUGGCCGCCGGCUCCGCCAUCAUGCUCGUGUCCUGGGCCACCAGGAUCGCCGAGGCGCCCCAGACGGACCUCGAUUUCUGGAAGGCUCUCUCUCCGGUGGCGAUUGCGCACACGAUCGGGCACGUGGCGGCGACGGUGAGCAUGGCGAAGGUGGCCGUGUCGUUCACGCACAUCAUCAAGAGCGCGGAGCCGGCGUUCAGCGUUUUCGUCUCAAGGUUCUUCCUCGGCGAGCACUUCCCGUUGCCGGUCUACUUCUCCCUCCUCCCGAUCAUAGGUGGAUGCGCUCUCGCGGCCGUCACCGAGCUCAAUUUCAACAUGAUUGGAUUCAUGGGGGCGAUGAUCUCCAACCUGGCGUUCGUGUUCCGGAACAUAUUCUCCAAGAAGGGGAUGAAGGGCAAGUCGGUGAGCGGGAUGAACUACUAUGCCUGCCUCUCCAUGCUGUCCCUGGUGAUCCUCCUCCCUUUCGCCUUCGCCAUGGAGGGCCCCAAGGUGUGGGCUGCAGGCUGGCAGAAUGCAGUCGCCGAGAUCGGUCCCAACUUCGUCUGGUGGGUGGCGGCGCAGAGCGUGUUCUACCACCUGUACAACCAGGUGUCGUACAUGUCGCUGGACGAGAUCUCGCCGCUGACAUUCAGCGUGGGCAACACCAUGAAGCGCAUCUCGGUCAUCGUCGCGUCCAUCAUCAUCUUCCGCACGCCGGUGCAGCCCGUCAACGCCCUCGGGGCGGCUAUCGCCAUCCUCGGAACCUUCAUCUACUCCCAGGCAAAGCAGUAAGGCCCCGUUUGAUAGCUCUGCAUUUUCUAAGUAUUAAUACUACAGUAUUCCUCAAAAUGCAGUAUUUUCUCUGUCUAAUAAAAAGAACCCAGGACCUCUUUUUUUAAAACAGAGCAGGCGAAAAAACGAACACGUUUCUUCGUCCUCGUUCAUUCUCAUGCCACCGCCGCUCGCUCGUUGCUGGAGAUCGUCUCUCCCUCAGGUUGCCGUGGAUAGAUAAAGAGACGACCAUGGAAAAACGGCUAGUACGCUUAGUCAUCUGUUCCCUUCUCAAGGAGGCCCGUGGCAUGAAGCUGGCAGGCCUUGCUUUCUGAGGAAGAAACCUCCUGCUGCCUCAUGAAGAUUGCAUCACCGCGCCUCCUACUUCUCUUCGUGUGUCUGCUACGGUGCCGGCCAGCUGACGGCACUGCACGGUUUUUCUCAUCUUUGUAAGCUGCAGGACGAGCUUUGGGCAUGGUUGUUGACAGUUUGGCUGUGGACUUUGUGCAUAUGGGUGGCCUUUUGCAUGGCCGUUGGGUUUGGGUAACAGGGUAAGCAAGUAGAAAACGGCUAGCUAGUUAUUAGGUGCGUCAAUAUAUACAACAGUACCAAACAGCUCCAAAGUAUUCCCAAUACUUCAAAAUAAUGUGGUAUGUCAAAACUGUGGUAUCUUACACCUACAUGCUAAAAUGUUGUAGUUUUCAAUACUUUGGUUUUUUCAAUACUUUACUAUCAAACACAGCCUAAGGGAAAUCGACCAAACGAUAUCUCUUCCGACGAGAGCCGGCCCGGCGUUCGGACGUUAUAUGUUGUUGAGCAUAUCUGAUUGAGGACACUCCCUUGUAAUACAUAUACAGUAUUAGGAAUCUCCUUCUUUUUUCCUUUUUUUCUAGGUUUAGCUGCGGGUGUCUCUGAAUUCUUCGUCUGUUGUUCCGUGACCAUGGUGCUGAUGAUGUAGAGAGGUGAAUGAAUCCGUCCAAAUAAAGUUGCCAGGAAUUUUCGCCCCCGA